AUGUCUGUCCCCUUAACCAAAGUUGACUCUGCUAUCGCUGGAUUGUCCAUAUCGGAUGAGAAGCCUGAUGCCAUUGAGAAGGAGGUCAAGGGCAAGAAGUCCCACAAGCGGCACUCGUCAACCUCAGAAGGCAUCUUCAACAUCAAGGAUCUUGAGACACAAAAGAUAGAAAUCACACUACCAAUCGAAACACAGAAAACUGGGUGGAAGCUCAACACCUCCCCAUCAACCAUUGAGGAUAAGGACAUCCUCAAGAUGUUCCUCGUCAACCCACCAGUCAAAAAGAUUGACUUACAUUUCCCCCUGGGCCUAGAGGUCACCGCUCGAAAUCUCAAGGGCGUCACAAUCAAGGAUGCACUGGAUGCCAUCCACAAGCAGUUCAAAAAGAAGGCGGAUGACGAACUAGACAAGCCCUACCUCGCUGGCUUCGAGUGGGACAAGGAAGAAUGCUGGACUCGGUUGAUUGUACACCAGAAGAAGGAGGGUACACCACAGCCGAGCAAAAAGUCCAAGAAGAAGGCCAAGGAAGAGGCGUAG